GAGAGAACAUGGGCGAAGAGGAGUCUGCGUACACGCUGACGUUGCCCGACGGCACGGCUCAGCCCAAGUCGCGGGACUUCACCGGGCAAGCCACCGCAGCCUACCCCAAUGGCGAUACCUACGAGGUCAGCACGGCACGGCUGCAUCCAUCCCACAUCCAUCCACCUUUGCCCCUCCUGCAUGCCGUCCAUCCAUCCAUCCAUUGUCGUGUGAUGUGAUCUUUCCCCUCUCUAUGUGUAUCAGGGUCAGUUUGCGGGCGGUCUGCGUCACGGCAAGGGCGUGUACACGUUCAAGAACGGCGAUAAGUAUACGGGCUUCUUCGAGUACAACAAAAAGUCGGGACUCGGCCGCAUCGACUAUGCCAAGGGCGGAUUCUACCAUGGUAUGCAGUGCACUGCAUCUGUCUGCACCAUCUAUCUAUCUGCAAACGAUAUAGAUCCUAUCAUUGUGUGGUGUGUGGUGUGGAUGGUGUUGCAAUGCAUCCAGGUUACUUCGUGAAUGGGAACCGUGAGGGUGAGGGCACGUUCAAGUACGCCAGCGGGGACUACUACUCCGGCCAGUGGCACCGCGGCCUCAAACACGGCAAAGGCACAUACGUCUACCACACCACCAAACAGCAGGUAGCCUGGCAGCCUACACAGACACAGACGCACACACACACACUCAACGACAGACAGACAGACAGACAGACAGACAGACCACAGACGCCACGCACCAAGCCAACACAACACGUGUCCAUUUCCAUGUGUGUGCAUGGCAUGUGUGUGUCGUGAGGUGCAGCUGGUGGGUGAGUGGGAUAGCGGUUCGUUGUGCAAGGGGCAGUGGGUGUGGCGCGGCGGCCCGCAGUACAUCGGUCGGUUCAGCCACAACAAGCCGGCCGGCAAGGGCCUGUGGGUGUUCGCCAACGGGUGCCAGGUCGAGGGCACCUACACCCAGCGCAUCCUGCCCGUAGACAACCCACUGCUGCUACCCAAACCCGAGAAGCCGCCCACCGACGAGGGCAAGGAAGAAGGGGAGGCCGGAGAGGAGGGGGAGGAGGCCGCCGCAGCAGCCGCAGCGGCCAAGGUCAAGGUGCUGACGGAGGUGAAGCUCAAGUGGCAGACGGACAAGGUCGCCACACUCAAACCCAAACACCCCUAGCAAUAG